CCUCACUGAUAAAAAAAUGGGAUCUUUUGAGAAAUGCAGAUUUGUUUUGAUGUUAAUUUGCAUGUUUUUUGGAAGUGUACCCACACGUGCAUCUGCGUCAUCUGCAGAGUUAAACGGGGACAGUGAUUUGAAGACCCCCAUUUCAACCGCGUCUAAUCCGGACAGUUUAAUCUAUUCCCCUUUUCUAAACCUCGCUGCUGCAUUUCCCCAGGAUUUAGAAGUCAGCGACUAUUGUCUGGACCUUCUGCGUGUCUUUGGCCAACGAUACGUAGCCUAUGUUAAUUGCCUUGUUUCCUCUGCGCGUCCGGUUAAAGUCUGCCAAAACUGUUACUCAGACUACAACGAUCUAGUGAACAUCUACAAUAAUAUAUCAUCGGACCAGAUGGGUUCGGUGAACGUCAGUUGCCGUCGCAGCCUGAUGGAAUCUGAUCGGUUGAUGCUACUGUACAAGCUCUUCACUAAUCUCGGAGGCCUGUGGAAAGAUUCGCUGUGCACCCAGUGUCUUAGCCGAGAUUUGAAGAGUCUGUCGAAUGACACCCUUUUCUACUUGUCCACUCUUAACCGAACUCUCCAGUGCUUUGAGAAAUACAAGCAGGGGAAUCAAUCUGAGCUGUGUAAGGAGUGUAAGGCCAUUUAUAAAGAACUGAAUGAGGUCUAUAGCACCAUGGAGCAGAACUCCAAACUCUGCAUUGACAUCGAGGACGCUAUGAACGUGACGCGACAGUCAUGGAGUAAGAUGUACAACUGCUCGUACUCCCGUGAGGAGACCGUCCCGGUCAUCGCCGUGUCCAGCUUCAUGAUCUUCCUGCCGGUCAUCUUCUACCUGAGCAGCUUCCUACACUCCGAACAGAAGAAACGCAAACUCAUACACCCCAAGAGAGCCAAGUCAUCUCAGAGUUUCAUGAACAUCCAGGACAAAUUCAGCUGAUCGAAGAGGAGGAAGAGGAGGAAAGAGGAAGAGAUGUAGAGUUGUGGGGAGGAAAAAAAAGGAGGAGGUUUGUCUUACAGUGUCCUUCCCUGCAGUGUUCAGAUGGUGCUGGUUUUUUUUUUUUUUUUUUUGCUAAAGUGUGUGUGUCC